AUGGACGCCGCAAUUGAUCUUUCAGAUGCCAACAAGGCUCUGGAUCUCUCCAAUAUUCGGUUCCAGCUCAUUCGAUUGGAAGAUACAAUCACAUUUCACCUCAUCGAGCGAGUGCAGUUCCCUCUCAACGGGACAAUCUACAAACCCGGCGCUGUGCAGAUCCCAAACAGCACACUCAGCUUCCUUGACUGGACGUUGCGCGAGCGAGAGAAGCUUGACUCUCUGAUCCGCCGCUUCCAGUCUCCCGACGAGUACCCCUUCUUCCCCGACGCCGUGCAGACACCGAUCCUGCAGCCGCUACACUACCCUAAGAUCCUGCACAAGAACGACGUCAAUGUCAACGAGAAGAUCAAGAAACGGUACAUCGAAGACUUCCUGCCCAAGGCCUGUGCGGAUUUCGGCCGGGGAGACAGGGGCGAGACGGAGGAGAACUAUGGCUCGGCAGCCACGGCCGAUAUUGCUUGUCUACAGGCGCUCUCACGACGAAUCCAUUUUGGCAAGUUUGUCGCCGAGUCGAAGUUCAGGGCGGAGCCGGAAAGGUUCACACAGUUGAUAAAGGCGGAGGACAGAGAGGGCAUUGGCGCGGCGAUCACGAACGAGGCGGUGGAGAAGAAGGUGCUGGAGCGGUUACGACUGAAGGCUAGGACGUACGGCACGGAUCCCAGCAUAGGUGCAGAGGGCCCCGAGAAGAUCAACGUCGAUGCCGUGGUGGCGAUGUACAAGGACUUUGUAAUCCCACUUACAAAGGAGGUGGAGGUUGAAUACUUGAUGCAAAGACUAGAACCCGAAUAAGAGAGAGGGACGUGGUACGGCUUUGACCAGCUGCAUAUUUUAUGAUUAUUGCUGGGGAUUUAGAUAAUCACUAAUGGCUUUAACUGCACCCUC